CCCCAUUAAAAAUCGCGUAGAAUCACCUACGUCAACGCAUUAUUUGGCACCGCAUAUCUACAAUCAACUCCCUCGACAAGGUUAUUGCCGUAAUAAUGAGUACAAGCCAACAAUGACGCACAAAUUACGCUUUUGAACGUAACCAACUGGAAUGCGCUUGGAACUGUUAUUGUCGUCAUGUUGCGAGCGUGAAUGUCAAACUUAUGUAAAUCAGUUGUCAGUUUUGGUCAAAUCCGGAGCCGAGAGUGGAGUAGUUUUAAUAAAAUUGUAGAAUAACCGGGUGGUGCACACCCUCCUCUUGAUGGUAGGUGUUUUUUCACUUCUUAUAACCAAAAAAUACAAUGCCCCAGAAACGCCUCCCGGGCAUCAACCCCAAAACAAACGGUUUCGUUGCCCGUAAAAGAAAACCGAAAUUGACGAGACAGUCAGUACUGAAAAUGCUGGCGGUUAUGGAGGCGUCCCGGAACACUAAUCCUCCGGUUUCCAAGGACGAGACAACGCCUCCAACCCCCAGUUCGGAGGACGCCAGGCCGCAGGACUUCUUGCAGUCGGGACGAACAGGACGGAGAAACGCCCUGGCUAAUAUACUGGGCGAGCACGCAAUAGUGACCAGCUCCGACUUGCCGGCACAGUUAGAAGCCCUGACGACGAAAGACACGCCGGAAAACCCCGACAACAACCAAGCGAGCACAAGCAAGAGCUGAAGAACUCCACCAUGUGACGACCGGCAGUUUUUUUUAACAAUUGGUCCCAGGACUGAGCAAGGAGGGAAGUACAAGUAUUUUAUUUCGCAAAUUAGUUUCGUUAAGUGUUCAACACGUAAUCUCCGUUGUUAUUGAGGCCUAGAAUACUCGUCUUAGGUAUCAUAUACCUCUCGUAGUCAAUUACCGAUUUGGAUCUGAAGCGUUGAUCUGUCGCUUGCAGAGGACUGUGGUCCAGUUAAGGCGAACGCAAAAUUGAAUAAUCAAAAUUAGAGAAUAGGACUAACUUGGCCGAUUGGGCUACACGUUUUAGUUAAGAGAUAGGCCUGACUUAUUUAUUUAGCAACGAUAUUUGUGAUAUUAUUAUUUAUUUGAAAAGUAAUUAGUGUCAGUGUGAUUGUUGUUUUCGCGUUAAUUUAUUUUCUCAUUAAGACGCUGGGAAAUCAGCGUUCGGGGGACGGAAUCUUGUUGUAUACUGCUCAAAUCGUACGUGAGGCAGUGCACCUAGUCAUUAAUAUCACCUCAAAAUUGUCAAUACUAUAUUUGUAUAGAAACACAAUAAAUUCAUUCGAUAAAAA